GUCACAAGUGUUUAACUAUAGUGCUGUUAAGACAUGGAAUCAUCCUUUUGCUUUCUUCAUUUUCUUCUCACUUGUGUGGGUUUUUGAAAACGAGGAUUCACUUCAAUUUUUGAGUGUGCACCCUAGACAUAGAGAGAUGGAAGGAGAAACGACAAGAGAAGCAACAAAUAGAGAGGAAGAAGAAGAAUCACAAGCCCAAGUGGACAUAUGGAAAUAUGUAUUUGGUUUUGUUGAUAUGGCUGUGGUGAAGUGUGCCAUUGAGCUUGGGAUAGCCGAUGUCUUGGAAAACCAUGGCGGUCCCAUGACACUCUCUGAGCUAUCUUCCACCCUUCACUGCUCUCCCUCUGCCCUACACCGUAUCAUGAGGUUCUUGGUGCACCGCAGCAUAUUCAAAGAAGGUUUCAACAGCAAAGCUGGUACUAUUGGUUAUGUUCAAACACCUCUCUCGCGCCUUCUCAUGAGACAUGGCAAAAAUAGCAUGGCUGCUUUAGUGUUGCUAGAGAGCAGUCCAGCGAUGCUUGCACCGUGGCAUGGUCUAAGUUCUUGUGUCCUAGCCAACGGAUCCUCAGCAUUUGAGGCUGCUAAUGGUGAAGACUUAUGGGGCUAUGCAGCUGCAAAUCCUGCCCAUAGCAAACUCUUUGAUGAUGCAAUGGCUUGUGAUGCUAGAGUGGCUGUGCCAGCAAUAAUUGAUGGUUGUCCUGAAUUAUUAGAUGGGCUGGACUCUUUGGUUGAUGUAGGUGGGGGUGAUGGAACAGCUCUCAGCAUUUUGGUCAAGGCCUUUCCUUGGGUUCAUGGCAUUAACUUUGAUCUUCCUCAUGUUGUGUCUGCUGCACCUAAUUGUGUUGGUGUUAAGCACAUUGGAGGUGACAUGUUUGAAAGUGUGCCAAAGGCUGAUGCUGCUUUCCUCAUGUGGGUUCUGCAUGAUUGGGAAGAUGAAGAGUGCAUUCAUAUCUUGAGAAAGUGUAGAGAAGCUAUUCCGAAUGAUAAAGGGAAGGUGAUUAUCGUAGAAGCCGUGAUUGAAGAAGAUGAAGGAGAUAAGCUCAAGUAUGUGAGAUUGAUGCUGGACAUGGUGAUGAUGGCUCAUACAAACAAGGGGAAAGAGAGGAGUCUCAAGGAAUGGGCAUAUGUACUAGGAGAAGCAGGGUUCAGUCGACACAAUGUGAAACGCAUUGAAGCUGUUCAGUCCAUUAUUGAGGCUUAUCCUUGAUUUAUAUAGUUCUUAAUUGCUUUAUGUUUGGCCAACAAUUUGAUGCAUGGAUAGUGCAGCUUUACAAUUACAGCACUCUCUCUGUUUGUAUAAAACCUAAUAAAACUGUCCUACUUCAGUUUGGUUUUAGUUAUUUGACAUUUGUUUUAAGACUACAUUGAGAGUUAGGGGAUCAUUGUUUAGUAAGAUUAUCAAGGGUGAGAAAUGAAGUUGCAAAAUGAGGUUUCCAUUUGCCUUUAAACCAAUAUUAUUUUGUGAU